GUAAGCGGCUUCAAUUAUGUACUAAAUAAAGCAAACAAGUCGUUUGUUGUUGUAAACAAAUAUCACAGCUGAUUGUCUGAUUCGUCUGUGUUAUCAAUUGUAUUACCCCCUCGGUGUCAACUAUCGGACGAUAUAGCGUCACAAGUUAUUGUGAAUCCUCGGACUUCGUCUCGCCGAUCACAAAGCGUCAUAUAAAUUGCGUAAACUAUACGAGGAAAUUAUAAUUCAAGUUUACUGUUUACUCGAUGAGUACAUUCAACCCAUAAUAUUUAAAUUAAAAAGAAAUAUGCGGUGUUCAUAUUUGUUUUAUUUCAUAGUUACAGUGUUUUGCUUAUUGACGCAGAAAUCUUUUGGUUUAUCGCCGGUUAUUUUAAUACCUGGCGAUGGAGGCAGUCAAUUGGAGGCUAAAUUGAACAAAACAAAUGUCGUGCAUUACAUGUGUGCGAAGACAUCCAAUGAUUAUUUUAAUAUUUGGUUGAACUUGGAACUUUUAGUGCCGUUUGUGAUUGAUUGCUGGGUGGACAAUUUACGAUUAGAUUAUGAUAAUGUGACGAGAACAACAAAUAAUCCUCCGGGGGUUGAUAUAAGGGUGCCGGGGUGGGGUAACCCUGAACCCGUAGAGUGGUUGGACCCCUCACAUGAAUCACCGGGUGCAUAUUUUAAUACUAUAGGUGAUGCUCUUGUGAAAAUUGGUUAUGUGAGAAAUGUGUCAUUGAGAGGAGCUCCAUAUGAUUUCAGAAAAGCACCAAAUGAAAAUGUAGAAUUUUUCGUCAAGUUAAAAACGCUGGUUGAAGAGACAUACACCAUGAACAACAAGUCAUCUGUGACGCUACUAACUCAUAGUAUGGGAGGAGCGAUGGCACUGCACUUCUUACGAUUACAGACGCAGGCCUGGAAGGAUCUGUAUAUUCGAAGAAUGCUAUCACUGUCCACACCCUGGGGAGGCGCUAUGAAGGCGUUAAAAGUAUUUGCUAUUGGCGACGACCUCGGUUCUCUAAUACUGCGCGAAAGCACGAUGCGCACAGAACAGAUCACAUGUCCCUCGCUCGCGUGGCUUCUGCCUUCCCCCAACUUCUGGAAGCCAGGGGAAGUGCUGGUGCAGACCGACAAGUUUAAUUAUACUAUUAAUGACCUGCAGAGGCUUUUCAUGGACAUGGACGUGCCGAACGCGUGGGAGAUGCGCAAGGACACGGAGCAUUUGUCGCGGGACUUCUCAGCGCCUGGUGUUGAACUGCACUGUGUUUAUGGGUAUAACAUCUCCACUGUUGAACGGCUAGUAUACAAGCCAGGAACCUGGCUAGAUGGAUACCCCACUUUACUCACAGGGGACGGAGACGGUACAGUCAACUUACGUUCUCUCGCCGCUUGCACUCACUGGGCCAAACGACGCACCCCUAAAAAUAAUCUCAUUGGCAAAUCUGUCAAUACCCUGCCACUUAAUACGAAUCUCAAUGGGAAACCCGUCAAAACCCUGCCUUUGUUAAAGGCAGAACAUUUAAAGAUACUCCACGAUCCUCGCGUAAUAGAAUACGUGACGACUGUGCUGGGGAAUGACGGGAACUGAUGACUUAUAGUGAAAAUUAUGAAUGUGGUGCUCUUGAGAGGUGAUAGGUUUUCAAAGAGUUUUGGGAUGGUGACCAAUCCAAGCCAAAAGAUUGGUCAAAUGCGCAGUUUCGAGUGUGGUAGUUUACUACCUCACUUGAGCUUCUACCAUCGCAGCUUUUUGGAAUUAACUGAAAUGGAGUAAUCAGGCAGUAUUAUACGUAACUUAUAACUCUACCGAUAACUAGGGUGCUACUGAAACUUGUAAGAUCUAACAUUUUUACGGAUGGAAAAAGUGUUGUCUUCCUCAUAUUUUGAAUUUCCUGUGCAUUUGGCUAAUAUUUAUCGAGCUUGGUCACUGAAACCGAUAUUCUGUGUGGAAAACUAUUAUUAUAAGUAUAAAGAUUACUGUGAAAAUCUGAUUAAUGUACAGUAACGUGUAUUUGAAGAUUAUAGUGUCCAUUAGAAAAAUAAAAUACGUAACGCAAAGCGCGCGUAUAAGUGUAAAAAUUAGCUAAAAUUUAUUUGUUUUUAACCAAGUUUGCUGUGCA